GUCAGCUGGCGGCAGCAGGUGGAGCCCUUCAAAGCCGGAGUCUCCUUAUGAAAUUGAUUAUACACUAAUUAAACACUGUAUUUCACUUUAUACGUGCACGCAAAGUGUUGGUGACGUACUACUGGUGUGUUGCUCAGUGCCACGUCUGCCAAGUCAAUACUACUCCUUUAUUGUCUUGAGAGGUUCCAGCCAUCAUAUUAAGCAGUUGUUCAGCUGAUAAGUGCCUAAUACAACUAACUUGCUUUUUGCUUAAUCUUCCCCCAUUUUAAUUAGGGUUACAAAGAAUUUGCUCAUUAGUAACAGUAGUUUGAAAAACCUAGCAAUGAAUAAACGUGCACUAGAAGUACUUGAAGAUCAAUUCAUAAACGAACGUGCAGUCUGUCGGAAGAGAAAAGGCAAAGAUUCAAAGGAAGACUUGAAGAAUAAUGCCAAGAAACUGAAUUUAAGUAAAAACAAAGUUUUGGAAAAAGAUAUUGAUAUAAUUCCAAAUAAGGCAUUACCUAAUUCCUUUGAUGGAUCUAUUUGUGUUGCACCUCAAAAACUACCUGUGAAGAAGGUGCAGCCAGUUCGUCAGACAGUUUCUGGAUCAUGUACUGCCAACCUCGUCUUCUUUGAUGUAGAAACUACAUCUUUGAGAUUGUUUUGCGAUAUCACGCAAAUUGCUGCAGUAGAUAAAAAUGAAGUUUUUAAUGAGUAUGUCACUCCAAGCCAGAAAAUGAAUCCCACGGCAUCAAUUCUUACAGGAAUCACCUGUGAUAAUGGGAUACUGAAGGUUCAUGGUAGGCCGGUGGAGGCAAAAUCUCGUGUAGUUGCUUUGGAAAAAUUUUUGAAAUGGCUGGAAUUAAGAUCACCUGCUCUUCUUUUUGCCCAUAAGGCACAGUUUGAUUAUACACGGUUGUUCCGUGCAAUUUAUGAGGAAAAUCUCGUAAAACAAUUUGAGAAACAUAUAAUUGGAUUUGUUGACACUGUGCAAAUGUUUAAGUCUAAAUAUCCCGGACUUGUUAACUACAAGCAAAAGACUCUAGUUGGUAAAUUCCUUAAAAAGUCAUAUGAACAACACAAUGCUGUCGAAGAUGCAAAAUUACUUAAAGAAUUAUACCAUACUACACAGCCUCACAACAUUGCUGAUUCUUCUUGUACCUUCAUGUCUUCUUACAAUAAAUGGUUUAAUGAUUUGCAAUGCAUGAUUAAGAAAGAAACAUUCAUAAAAAUGAUUAACAUGAAAUGUGUAUCAGAUGGAAUGGCAACAAAAAUGGCACGUUUGGGACUCACGCUCGCAGAUGUAAAAAGUGCUUAUGAGAAAGACAGCCAUGAUGGAGUAGCGGCACUUCUCAGUCAAGAAGAUGAAAAUGGAAAACCACGUGUCACAAAACAUAAAGGUGUCAUAAACAAUAUAAUUAAGUACUUGCAUAAGGCUCAAGUGUGAAGCACUGUGAUACAGUAUAAUACUAGUAUAAGAUAGUUAACUAUCUGUAUAUGACCUUUCCCUUUAUCUACUGUCUAGCACAUGCUUAGCUUGUUGAUUUAGGCAGCGGCAAUUGGAGCAUUGGAUGCACCCUACCUAGUUUGAUGAUCAGCUGCAAAUAAAAAAAACUGAUAGCAAUUUUUGCCUUAUAAUUAAAUUUUUAGGAUGUUGCCCAGUAAUACCAACUUUAGAACAGUAAGAUUGUUGAUUAUGGAACAAAUUACUGGGUAAUAAUAGAAGUGGGAUUGCUGGAUUGAUUCAAGCAUAAACUAGACAGACAUGAAUGAGUUUUGGCGGAUAUAAAUAGUUACUGCCUCAUAUGGGCCAGUAGGUAUUGUGUAGUUUCCUUUAUAAUGUUAGUCUUAUGAAACUGUGCAGUAAAGUAUGAUCUAAGGUGAUAAAUAUCCCUGAUGUUAGAUAUGUAUCAAAUCAAAUAUUUACAUUCUAUUGUAUCAGAAUUAGUCAAUUUAGAAUUUAAAUACCCUGUAUGUUACUAGAUGAGGUACCCUGUGGUGCCUGAUUGACUCCAAAAGAUCAUGCCAUUUAAUUGUUGGGGGACUACAGAAAUACAAAUUUGCCAUCAGAUCAUGCAUUUUGCACGGCAAUACAUACUGUACCUUUAAUAUUUUAACUGAUGAAACUCAUACUCAGAACCACCAUUUCAUUUCUUGAAGUCAUGGGGGCACCAUGGGGCUGACCCAGACCAACCCAUAGUCCCCUAACACUCGCCUGUCACACUGCAAAUUUUAAUGUGGCUAGCCUCAAGCAUCUGGCAUACAGCCUUGGAUUGACAAACAGAAAUCUUCUUUUAUAGAUAGAGAUUGAUCUUAGAGUAUUAAGAAUAACAUAAUUUACCUGGGGAGUUCUUCUACUCCCCAAGCCUGGCCUCAGGCCAGGCUCGACUUGUGGUAACUUGGUCCAACAGGCUGUUGCUUGUAGCUGCCUGUAUGCCCACAUAUCCACUACAGCCCAGUUGGUAUAUUCUUCUAUAUACCAAUAGAAUAUCUAUUGGUAUAUAGAUAUGUAGUUAUUAACUGUAUCUGGUAUAUUGGAAGACAUUCUAAUAAUUUAUCAAAAAAUUGCUUGUCCAUUCUAAAGAAUUAGGAAUGAAAAUUUUAUUUAUUAUUAUUUUAAGCUCACGGAUUCAUCCUUACCUUGUGUGGUAAUGAACAAUAGAAAGUUGCAUUUACAAAUUCAUAAACUGAAAGGUGUAUUAUAUCUGAUGUAGCAUCAUGUAACCUCAUGAAACAUUUGUGUGCUUCAGUCUACAAUUUAGGCCUAUUGUCUUGUUUAUGAUCCUCUGUCUUGUGUGGCAAUGAAUACGAGCAGCACCUCACUGUAACAAGACCUAGUUGAAUUAGGCAAUUAAGCCUCUGAUUAGGCAAGUGUGUAUUUUGUCACAAAAGAUGUUAAUAAUAAUUGAUCUGCUCACGGGCAUAACACAAGACCUAAAACUGCAGAAAGACUACUGGCCCCUGCAAGGCCUUCCCUCUUUAUAUCUACCCAAACUCAUAUAGUACAGUAGUGUGUCUAACCUGCACAUGAAACCAUCCAGUAAUUCCAUGUCUAUUAUGUUAGCUGGUAAUUUGUUCCAUAAAUCAACCAACCUAUUUCCAAUCCACAUUUACCCAGGUCUUCCUGAAUUUAUCCAAUUUACAUUAGUGUAUAUCCAGUGUUUGUCUUAUUUUGUAUUGAUAUUUAACACAUUCAUAUUCCCUAUACUAUAUUCUUUCACGUGUGUAUACUUCAAUCAUGUCGCCUCUUCGUUUUGGCCUUUCCAAAGAAUGUAAAUUAAGCUUUCAUAAUCUCUUCAAAAAGGAGGUUUUUCAUUGUUGGGGUUAAUUUUGCCAUUAUUUUCUUUACUCAUUCAAGUGAAUUUGUCUAUGCAAUAUGGUGACCAAAAUUGAACUACAUAAUCGCAUGUUCACCAUUUCUCUGCAAUAUUCUCUCCAUUGCCCUUCUUGCUUUCCUUCCUCUCCUAUUGCCAUUAUUCUGUCUUGUAACCCAUUUAAAGUUCUCCCCCCCCCCUUUGAGAUUACUUUCGUCCUUCAAUUCAUCUACCCGCUUCAAGGUUGCCAUGCGGAGUUCCUUGCUCCUAGCAAGUUUAACCAUUAGGCCCACAAUGACCUUGACAUUCUUCCCUUUCCCUUGUUUCCUGAAACUACCUUCCUAACAGCAAUGCGAGAUUCACCGGGUAAACGUGAAUCAAUACUAGGGAUUGCAUAAUGAAAAAAAAUAGGGCAUGGUACUAUAAUAAGGCACUUAGAAGCCUCAUUAUUUUUAAAAUUGUGUGUAUGUUGUACAAUUCCUUUCUAAUAAUAGAAGUUUAAAUAUUUAGGUCCCAUUAUUUGCAUGGCAUAUUGAUUUAGAUUUGAGGUGGCCUCUUCCUGUCUCCACAAUCCCAAGACAUACACUCCCAGACACAUUCCUUGCCUUGACACUCCCCAUCACACAUUCACCUUUCCCAGCAUACACACCCUGACACACAUUUCCACAUUUAACUUUUUCAUCAAUUUAUGCACAAUUUCAAAACAAUUGUUUUUGAAUAAUGUAUUGCGCUUCUUUCUCCACAAGCUUUAGUGUUUUACCAUUUGUCCAAGACUCCCAAAUGUAUUACUGUACCAGCAGUCUUAUAAUAAUUGAAUGUACAGCAAUAUACAUUACAGUAAUACAGUACUUUUUAUUGCUUUGGGUACCACCCUUUUGGGUACUGGAAAAUGUUAGUCAUGUGUUAGAAUUAAAUUGGUAAAUUGUCUGGUUAAGGGUUAAAAUAUGGAUUUACACAAUUGGUAGUUGAAGGUAGUACAGUAAUAUAUACGCAGAAAUCACAAUAGCGUGAUGCAUCAGAUGAAGAAAUCCACAAGGGCCGUGACCGAGCCGAGGUUCAAACCCUCGUCACGGCCCUUGUGGUUUUGUUCAUAGUAAUAUAUUUUGUAUACUGUAUUUCUGAUUAAGGGUGAUCAUAGUAUGCAUAUAACCAUAAUAUUUAGUUUCCUUGUUUAGAGACAAUUGAGGAAACAUUUGUAAUAGGAAGAGUAACCGACUGUCAUUCAAAAAUAUUCAUCUGUUAUGUGAUAAAAUUAUAUAGUUUAGCUUAAAAUAAAUAAAUUUAUUUAUAAAUCAAACUACAAUAUAAUAUUUGUAUAUUAACAAGAAAUGUAUUUUAAAAUAUUUGUUAAAUUAAUAAAAAAUGUAUUUUAAAAUGUUAAAUUAAUAAGAAAACUAUUUUAAAAUAUUUGUUAAAUUAAUAAGAAAUCUAUUUUCAAAUAUUUGUUAAAUGAAUAAAAGUGAAUGAUGCCAA